ACUGCAAAACAACUCUUGACUUAAUAGUUAUAAUUAUAAUACAAUCGUAUUAUUAGUAUAAUUACAAACGCAUAGAAAUAAUGCAAAAACAAAUACUAGUCGUCAUUAGUAUCAUCGGUUUGGUGGUCGGCCGUGACAUUAACAACGCCGGACUGUCCCUCAUCAAGCAACAGGAGGGCUGGAGAGCCAACUACUAUUACGAUCAAAUUGGUCAAAAAACAAUUGGCUAUGGACAUUGCUGCGUCUACCACCCGUGCGAUCAGCUGCACCCACCCCUAACUGAGGCGCAGGGUUCACAGCUCUUGAGAACUGAUCUGGCUGAGUUCCAGAAUUGUAUCCAAAAUGCCGCCCCUGGACUUAAUGACAACCAGUUUGCUGCC